AGUAGAUCCACUAUCAAAUUUACCGGCAUCUAUUGAUGCUGUGACGAAAGAGUUAAACAGGGGGCAGGGAAUAUUCAUUGGAAGUGCACAAUUAAAAGCUAACAUGGAGAACCUGAGUUUGCGUUAACCGCCACUUUCCAUUGUGGACAAUCACGUCAGUCAUUAUAUGCAGUAAAUUUUAUUACAAUAGCCAUUGUAGCAUUCAAAUCGUCAUUAAUAAGGCGUUUCCUUAAACGAAUAGACAUUGCUCGAGACUGGGGCUAACACACACGGUAAAGUCUACGGCAGCAUUAUGAAGGUUGCAUUUCCGACUUAGUGACGAAAAGAAAAAAAAAAAGACAUUCGUUUUUCAGAAAUGUUCUCUAAAGUGCUUGGUAACAUUGCAUUGCACUGCUGGGUGGCACAAACGUGUGCGAGAAGUUUGCAGUCAGCUCGCAACAAUGCUUAAUUUAGCUUACCAUCAAAUAAACAUCAAGCUAUGCCCAAAGCAGUCUUCUCGGUUGUAAAUCACGCCAUGUAUUCGAGGCAUCACGUUCCGACACAAUAGACAUUGUGCUGUUCAGUAGCCCACACGAUCACUGCGCCAACAGACAGAAUUACGACUUUAGCCUCAGCUGCCAGCCACUGUUAAGCUCAGCCCGCUGAUUCAUCUUCGCUGCUAUAUAUCUGGUACAGCCGGAGAUCGUGCACUUGGCGUCAGCUGCAACUGCGCCUGCUUGCAAAAUCGCAAGCGCGUUUGAUCGCCUCUCUUUUUCCACUCGGGCACAAUUCGUUUGAUUGCCCCAUCUGGUGCACUUCGCACCGAAUUCCAGCUGCUGGUUCUACACGUGAAAUACCCACGCAAGGCGUCUUUGUUGGUUCUCUUCCGAGACGCGCUAUCUUCAACGUCAACAGGAAAGCGAAUCGAAGUGAGGAACGUGAGAGACUCGCUUUCUCAUUUGAACACGGAGCGCACCUUCGGCGUGUAAAUCGAUUCAACGAUGAGUACCUACAGUCCAUUCAUGGCAGCUCCUUUAGAUGUCUUGGCACAGCGACUCGAAGUCCUGGAAUGUGUCGGUUACCACUAUGUUUAUAAGUAUGGCCGAGUCAAUCCACUGGAAAUGAUUUCCGACUUUGAUCCCCCAUUCGCCAGCGGCAUCACCUUUCGAGUGUUCUUCUACAGGCCAGAUGACAAGGCGCAUGCAAGUAUGGCAUUCAUAGGGAGCCGGGGAUGGUUCCUAUUUAUCUUCUUGGACGGCACCAAAGUAAAAUUCUCUAGUUCAAGUCAGAGCGGAUCACCACCGGACGAGGUCUUGCGAGAAGCGACUGGUCAAUUUUUUUCAAUUGCUAUUCAGGCGGAAGGUAUAUAUAUGCGAGAUAUUGGCCCAGAACCCACUUGAAGUUUCGGAAAAUUUAUUCUUAAUUGCUAGACGACUAUCUUCAUUUUCAAAUCAAAUCAUUUCGUUAAAUAAAAUUGAAAACCGCA